AUGUGGAGAAAUACAAAAAAGCAAUGAUGGUUCUUCUAAUGUGGUUCUCUGUUGUGAUUUUUCUCCUUGGCAUUCCCGGAGAUCACUGUGCCCAGAUCAUUGGAGGAAAAGAAUCAGUUCCACAUUCAAAACCUUUUAUGGCCAAGAUCAAAAACCCAAAGAUUUGUGGGGGGACCCUGAUCAAAUCAAACUGGGUAUUAACAGCAGCUCACUGCAUCAUAACAAAUAACACUGAAGUUAUUCUUGGAAUUCAUUCAGAAAAAGACAGAACAAAACAAGUUUUCAAAGUUAAUAAGCACAUUUAUCACCCGUGCUAUGAUAAAUUCACAAAGGAGAAUGACAUUAUGCUUCUUCAGCUUAAUAAACAAGCAAAACUUAACAAGAAUGUGGCCAUCGUCAAGCUUCCUCGAGUGUAUGGUGACCUCAAGGCUGGAACACAGUGUCUGGUAGCUGGUUGGGGGGUUACUCAGAGUGGAAGUAAGACACCAUCAGAUGUCCUCCGUGAAGUUAAUGUCUCUGUCAUUGCAAGAAGCACCUGCAAUGAUCAAAAGCACUAUAAUUCUCAGCCUCUAGUAACAAUGAAUAUGGUCUGUGCGGGUGACAAGAGAGGAGGCAAGGAUGCAUGCUCUGGUGAUUCAGGUGGUCCUUUGAUGUGCAAAGGGGAACAAAGAGGCAUCGUUUCCUUUGGUAAAGGAUGUGGACAGUCUAAGUAUCCUGGUAUCUACACCCUUCUGACAGAUAGAUAUUCUCGUUGGAUAAGAAGUGUUAUACAAGGCAGUUUAUAGAAUUAUUGUUGAUGUUGACAUUCUUUUUUAUUAUAUUCAUUCAUUAUGAUUUCUUUAAAACAAUCUUUUCCAGCCUUUUCCCUCCAGAUGCAUUUGACUAGUGAGUCACACCAUACCCAGCUAGCACAACCAUUGAGCCUGCUGGCUAAAAAUAACAUUGACUUCAGAUGAAUUCAUCUGGAGGGUGAAUUGAUCAGCUUUGGUAUUUAGGUUUUCUAUUUAAAUGCAAUUUUGUAACAAAGGUUUUUUUUCUUUAUAAAAGAUAAGCACAAGUUUCUAGAAAUUGGCUGUAUUUUUCUCUCUCUCUCUCUCUCUGAACACUUACUCUGCUAGAUAAAGUUAUUCCCAUGUCUAUCACAAAUGAAAUGGUAUUUUAUUUCCA